CAGGUUCUGGCGCAUCUCGACAAACGCAUUCCAGUUGCGACUUUGCUUCUAGCGGCAGCUUCCUGGUCAACACACUAUCCAUCACCAUGUCUCAGGCACCGGUCCCCAAAACCUUCAAUGCCGAAGAGGCUGACAACCUCGAGGAUAUCGAGAAGCAGUUCGCCGUCAAGGUGGUGCAGCACAUGCAGACCUACUGGUCUAUCCUCGAGCGCGUCAAGGGCUCGUCGCUGCGCCUGACCAGGAUGGACGAUGACAUCUACGACCAUCUCAAGAGGGAUUUCCCCGACUUCGACCCGGCCGAGACAAUCGACGAGGACAAGAUGAAGAGCAAGGAGGGCAAGCAGCGGUGGCGCGACUUCAUGAUGGUUUAUGAGAAGAAGGUGGACGACUACAACUUUGGCACCAUGAUGCGGUCGAACCCGAAGUGGGAGUACGGCCAGGACGAGACCAUCUUCGUGCCGAGGAUGCAGUUUUAUGCCGUCGAGAUUGCGCGGAACAGGGCGGGCUUGAACGACUGGGUUUACGAGCAGGCUCAAAAAGAGAAGGCCGAGGGCUCGAAAUCGAGCGCAUGAGAAUACCAUUCCAUUUUAACAUCAGUAUCAUUAUCACCGAGUGAAAUGUGGCCAGUGCACACCAGAUACGCCGUCUGGAAUGUUUCUUUCAGCCCCUUAGUAUUGUUGCCAUGUUUGGCCCACUUGGAUGUCAAGCACAAUACUAAGAGCAAACAAAGCCUCCCCCCUACCACAAGAAUAGCUACCACGAGGCGCGCCGGGAUCUUGGGACCAUCCAUGUCACGAAAAUGUUCGUAUUAUCUUCUGGUUCAGACUUCAGCAGAUCGAAUAUUUCUCCGAGCCUGUGUUCGAGUUGUCAACAACUCCAAUCUCUGCCACCGAUGACUUGACCACCACUAGUCUAUCUUCCCACCAUCACUGGUCUUUCUCUUCCAAACCCAGUCAUUC